CCUCAACCUUCUUUGCCCAGGUGGUCCCUCUCUUUUUCAAGUCAAACUCCUCAGUAGUAACACAUCACAUGCACAUAUUUCGGUCUUAUACCGCCGUCGCCUCUCAUCCGCACCCACCGUAACCCUCGAAUCGACAGGGAUCAGGGAUUCGUCUCCAAGAAUAUACUGUACAUACCAUCCACCCAUCACGAGCAUCAAGUGCCACCACAUCUCCAAGGUCUUGUUCUUUCGACUCUCUUCUAUCUUACAAAUCAAGCCGAGACCAAACGAAACCACAAUGCUAGAGCUCUCCUACACCGAAAGCCCCUCCUCCUUCGCGGAGCUGAUGUCCCUCCGCCGCCUGCCCGUGAAGAAGAGCCAACUCCCCUCGGCGAACAGCCCGGAACAUAUCGAACGCUUCCAAUCGCUGGCACCACCCUACCCACCGGGCGAAGCAGGCCGCGCAUUCGGCGGCCACGUCUACGCCCAAUCGGCCUACGCCGCCUCGCAGACCGUCGAGAAAGGCUUCCUCAUCCACAACGUGACCGGCACCUUCAUCCUCCCCGGCCGCCUGGAUAUCCCCUACGAAUACACGGUGCGCCACCUCCGCGACGGCAAAAGCUACUGCACGCGCGCCGUCGACGCCCGUCAAGCCCACCAGAUCUGCUUCUCGGGGUUGGUCUCGUUCAAACGCGCCGAACCGCCUGCCGCAGCGCCGUUCGCGCACCAGCCCGUCUCCGCCCAACAGCGCUACGCCGAGCUUCUCGCGGGAAAGAGACCCCAGGACUUUCCGGUCCAGCCCGGCGUCGACGCAGACUUCUACAUCAAUCACUGGCGCGAGCAGUGGGAGAAGCACGGGAUCCCGGAGCGCGAGUUCCCCGGGCUGGAGGCGCGGAAUGUGGAUAUGCGCGGGUUCAACCGGAGGGAGGAGGUAACAGGUCAGCCGGAUCGGUAUCGGCAGUUGACGUUCUAUAAGCUGAAGGGGUCGCCGGGGGAUCAGCGUGGUUCUGUGAAGGAGGAAGAGGUUAGGGUGGGGGAGGUGAGGCGGAGGGAGAGGGCAGGCGAGUUCGAUAAUCUGUAUGCGUGCGCGCAUAUGUAUGCGGCGGAUAAGAACUCGUUGCUGCUGAUCCCCCGCGCGUUGGGGAUGAAGGUGUGGGAUGCGCUGGCGAGUUUGACGCUGACGGUUGUGUUUCAUGAGCUUGGGGAGGCGGUGCGGAUGAUUGAUUGGGAUGCAGAGGCGGAGGUAGAGGCAGAGGCUAAGGAGGAGGGUGGAUUGCCCAAGAAGUGGUUUAUUCAGGAGGGCUGGACGCCUAGGUCCGGGGGUAGUCGCGCGAUCCAUGAGAGUUGGUUGUGGUCGCCGGAGGGGAGGUUGGUGGCGACGAGUUAUCAGGAUGGUAUGCUGAAGGUAUCUCGGACUGAUAGGGAGAAGUUGUGAGGAUGAGCUGGUUAUGAGGGAUUGCAUAGAUAUAUUCUUUGUAUGUUCUGCACAUAGUCGGGCCAUGGUAUACAUAGUUGGUGUGAGUAACAACCAAGCAUUUUUUGACUUACGUUAUCUAGAAAAGAAUACAUUCAUGCGAAAUGGUACCAGUUCUAUAUCUUGGUAGAAAGAUAGUAAUCUGCUGCAACCGCGUUCCUGUUUU